UUGCACGUGACUUCAAUUCAAUUACAUUAGUUUUAACUUGAAUUUGGUUGGAAUUUACGAGUAUUGUCCACGAGUAUCAAAACCAGGACAUGGAUGAGGAUAAGAAAACUUCGAGUCCGGAUCUCAUGACUAAGGGGGUGCUUAGUCACUUGACUAAGCCCCUCCCAUCCUUUAGAUCUGGACACACCAAUCUGACGGUUAAAAAGUGGGAAAGACUUUUUAAUUAAUGACAGGGGUAGUUUGGGUAUUAUGAAAAAUUACAAAGUAUACAAACCGGACUUACAAACAAUACAAACAUACAAACAUUACAAACUAUGAGAACAAAACAUAAGCAGAUUUACAAACAAUACAAAACAUACGAACUAUACAAACAAUACAAACUAGACCGACAAACAAUACAAACCAUACAAAAUGAAAAAAAACCGGGUUGACUUUGGAGACUUCAUCCCUAUAUAGAGGGUUUCGUCCCAAAGUUAAACUAGUUUGUUUUUUGACAUACAAACAUUACAAAUAUGGUGGGGGAAAAUGUCAAACUAGACCGACAAACCAUACAAAAUGGAAAAACACCCGAGUUGACUUUGGAGGCUUCAUCUCUAUAUAGAAGAGUUUCAUCCAAAAGUCAAUCAAGUUGUUUUUUCGACAUAAAAAACAUUACAAACAUGGAUGACAAAAAUGACAAACAUGGUGGUUAAUAAUAACAAAGUUAACAAACAUUACAAAAGUAACCGAAAAACAUUACAAAAUAACAAAGCUUACAAACAUUACAAAAGACACAGACAAAUAGUACAAAGCAUACUAACCGUACAAAAUAGUCAUAAACAUUACAAAUAUAAUAGACAAAAAUGCCAAACAAUACAAACCGAGUUGUCUGUAAACAUUACAAAUCAGACUUACAAAUAUUACAAAAUAGAACGACAAACAUUGCAAAACUACCACUAUCGUCGGAAAAAUCUCGUCGCGGUCCAAAAUUCUCACCGGCGCCACAAAAUCUCUAUCUCUCUCUCUCUCUCUCUCUCUUUGCGCGCGAAAGUGUGGAAGUUGGCCAAAAAAAUGCUUGGGAAUGGAAUCGUGGGGGGAAAUUUUGACGGUAAAAGCGCCGGCGGAAAGCAAAAGCGUUUGACGGGAACAGAAUCGAGCCGGAAAUUUCCCCGCAAGCAAAAGGUACGUGUACGGGAUGCAGUUUAUUUAUUUAUUUUAUUCUUGAAAAUUAAAAAAUAAUUUUGUAAUUACUAUCUUGUCCUUGAUUAAAUUUAAUUAAUUAUAACCAUUAGAUUUUAAAAUGUUUGAAGGACUGACAUCGACUUAGGCAAAUUAACUAAGAGACUCCUCUUGGUCACCUUAUCUUAGGCCGAAAACUUCCGCCAAUUGACGCCUCGUUGCUAUCCAAAUAAAAGAGCUUUGUCACACUCUCGUUAUCUCAUUGUGUGGACCCGGCUAGCCAACAUCAUUCCGAAAAAUUAGGCUCUCAUUGUUUAUUCCAAACUACAAUCGGUCCUUCUCAAUCUCAACUAUGAAAUUAAAGAACCAUAUAUUCCAAACCAUGCAUCUGCAGGCCGUAAUAUUUAUAAUCUGUUUUGGUUGAUCCUUUUGUCUAAUAAAUACAUCACCACCAUUGAUCCCCAAUCAACAACUUCUUCACCCAUCCCUCCAAAGUCCAAACUCUCUGCAACUCUGUUUCUCGUCACCCAAGCUCCCUCACCCCCAACAAAAUAAUGGAGACAGCACAAAGUUCAAACUCUCCGAAUUCAUCACCAUCAUCGUCCGCCUCCUCCGUUGCCCUGAUCGUAGGCGCAACAGGGAUGGUAGGACUGAGCCUGGCAGAAGCACUGAACAACCCGUCAACUGCCGGCGCGCCAUGGAAAGUCUACGGCGUGGCUCGCCGUCCAUUACCCACCUGGUUCCCGCCUUCCCUCCUCCACAAGUUCAUCACUCUCGAUGCCCUGAAUCGAGAUGAAACGAUCGAAAAACUCUCCCCUGUUGCCCACGAAGUCACCCACGUCUUCUGGGUAGCGUUCCAGCUCCGUGAAAUCGAAGAGGUCAACAUCUCCCUCAACUCCACCAUGCUCUCCAAUGUCGUCGCCGCCCUCAGCUCCGCUGGGGCGAAUUCCCGGCUAAGGCAUGUGACUUUGCAAACAGGGACGAAACAGUAUAUGGGUCCGAUCUACGACCCAGAGCACGGGUCGCGGCUGGUUAUGCACGAACCGCCUUUUCAAGAAGGGAUGCCCAGGUUGCCGUAUCCCAAUUUCUACUACGCACUGGAAGAUCUCUUGGCGAGCGAUUUGCCGGUGGGAGUUACUUACUCUGUGCAUCGGUCGUCGAUUAUCAUGGGCGCCACGCCUAGAAGCAUCCACAAUGGGCUGCUGACGCUGGCGGUUUACGCCACCAUUUGCCGCUACAAAGGGCUCCCCUUCAGGUACCCAGGGAAUAAGUACACAUGGGAACAUUUUUGUGACAUGUCUGAUUCAAGGUUGCUAGCAGAGCAGCAGAUAUGGGCAGGGACGACGGAGGGAGCCAAGAACCAGGCGUUCAACUGCUCGAAUGGAGACUUCUUCACGUGGAAGGGGCUGUGGAAGGUAUUGUGCGAGCUGUUCGAUGUGGAUUUCGUGGAUUUGGAUGAUUCGGAGAAGUUUGAUGCGAUGGAGAUGAUGUCCGGGAUGGGAGAUGUGUGGGAUGAGAUCGUGGACAAGCAGGGGCUGUACAAGACCAAGUUGGAGGAAGUGAAUUGCUUCGAUGCGAUGACGGUGGUGACCAAUUUCAAGUUCCAGCAUGUUUGUAGCAUGAACAAGAGCCGUGAGUUUGGGUUUGUGAGCUUUUAUGAUACGUUUAAGAGCGUUCGUUAUUGGGUUGGGAAGAUGAGGGAGAUGAAGAUCAUACCUUGAUCGAGGCUACAUGGCAGCGGCAUGCUCUGUUUCAAUUAAACUUGCUCUCCUCUUUUGUAUUUAUGAUUCUUGUGUUCGUGUGAUAUGUGGGAUCAGCGCUUUGAUUCAGCAUGAAUCGAAGAGAGCCCUAUUUGUUAGUAUUUGGGGUCAUUAACAUACAAGAUCUUAAUUGUUUGGAAUGCACCUUUAUUGGGAGUCAAUUCUUAUGUAAUGUGGAAUUUGAAAACAAAUACUAUGUUUGGUUGGAAAAUAAAUUCUAAUAAUUGGA